ACAGUUUAUGAAAGAUGUUAUAUUUUGAUAGUUGAUGUGUACGUGAAGAAAUGAGAAAAUAAAAUAUUAUUUUGUGCUUAUUUAACAACUUCACAUAGUGAUUUGAGGUUCAAAUAGAAAAAGGACACAUUUAUUCACUAUAUAAAAAUGUCUAAACUAAUUUCGGUGCUGGUAUUAUAUCUGUGCUUUGAUUUGGCUCAUCAGUAUCGAAGCUAUACCAGGACUCAUGCUGAAAAAGAGUGGGAUUUUCUAAUAUUCACUCAACAAUGGCCUAGCUCCAUGUGUAAAGUCUGGACACACAAUAAGCCAAAUCACCACUGCGUUUACCCUAAAAAAGCUGAUUCAUGGACUGUUCAUGGCAUUUGGCCUACUAAGGCUGGAACAAAAGGACCGUUUAAUUGUAACACAACUUGGCUUUUUGAUCCGGAGCAGGUGAGGCCUAUUGAAAGUGAAUUGGAGCAGGCCUGGACGAAUAUUGAAAAAGAAACAUCACUCUACAAUUUAUGGGCCCAUGAAUGGAACAAACAUGGUACUUGUGCGGCUAUGAUAGAACCGUUGAACACGCAACUGAAAUAUUUCAGCAAAGGCAUUGAUUUCCUCAACCAAUACCAUAUGAAUGAUAUCCUCACUAGUGCCAACAUCGUACCGUCGGAUACAAAUCCAGUAAAAGCUGAAGAUGUAAGUGCCACUGUUGUUUCCAAGAUUGGUGUACGGCCAUUCAUUGCGUGUGAGUUCGAAGACGGAGUGCAGUAUUUAAUAGAGCUCCGAAUUUGCUUCGACAAACAACUGAACCUUAAAGAGUGUGAGGGUGAGCAUGAAGUUAACGGUGUGUUGACCAACUGUAAUAUUGCAAAAAAUAUUAUUUAUCCCACUGCGUUACCUCCUGCCAAUCUGCAGAUAGUUCAAUUGCAUAAGUUUGUUAACUGGUUGCAAUGGUUUACUUUGUAAUUUUAGUUUUUUGAUAGUUAUGAGUACUAUGCCUUGUAUAGAGCAAUCUCCAUUUGAUUAAAAGGCAUAAUGUCACCUUGUAGAGAUUUGAAGACUUCAUGUCAUUAUUUUAAUUUUGUUCAUUCUUCUGCUUGAUAAGUUAUACAUUGCCUACAAACUGUUACAUAAAUAGUAUAUUUUUUAAACUUUUUUACUGGAUGUUUCUCAAAUCAUCGUAACUGUAAAUCUCAACAUGAUAUUAGAAACUGAUUGCUUUAUAAUUUUAUUUUGUAUAUAACAGUUAUCAGCUUGGCAAUGCUACUUAAUAUGGCAACAUUUUAUAACAGUGUUGUUUGUAAAUGUAAAUGUUGCCAAUUAUAAUAAAAUUAUACUAAAAUCUUGACUGUGUAUGAUCAAAAUUCUAUUCGUUUUUACUCUAUUAUUGUGCCAAAUUUUUCAUUUUUAUAUUUAAAAUAUCAAAUGGAAUGUAGGUUUCAUGUAAAUAUGUUUUGUGUAAAACGCUAUGGGAACCCUUACGCAACCAAUCUUAGAAAGCUUGAAUCAUUGCAGAAUGGGUAACAUCAAGUAGAUAGAUCAUACCAGUCUAAAGGUUAAUUUUAUAGUUAAUUGAAGAUUAUUUUGAUACUUUUAUUUUAACUCUGAGGUGGUACAAAUUUCUAGCUAUUUUCUUAUUUUUUAUAUGUAAAACAUUGGUUCCAAGUUAGUCUUAUUUGAUUGUUAUCAUAAUUAUAUUGAUUUAAUAAUUUGGAACCUUUGUAGAAUGAUAUUAAGAUUUCUUUUUAGUUUUUUUCUAUUAAUUUAAUUAUGAGAUUCUAAUUUUGUGUACUUAAAUACAGUGCAAUUAUUAAAUAAAUGUCACUAUCUGGGCGCGGAGUAGACUUGUGAUUUUUGAACGAAUUAAAAUUGUAUAUCACAAUCGGACUCCCACAUUUAUCAUUAAAACAAUACCGAUAUCCAUUGGUCAUCCGCUGGGCUUAUUUUGUUAACUCCUGUACAAAGCGGAGGCGGGCUGUUAGUCAACUGAUAAAAAUCGUCAGUGGCGCUGCAGUCGCUUAUGGCAACCCUCUAUCAAAAGAAGCAUGUCUACUUUUUACCCAAAUAAGUUUUUAAUAUAAUUUAUUCAAUUUAUUUUAUCGUUAAGUUCUUUUCCCAUUUUCAUUGGCGGAAGUUAACACAUGGCCAAUGUAGUUUAUAUUAUGAUAAUAUUAUAAUUAAUUAUAAAUAUUAUUUUGGGUUUUUGAAUACAUGUAUAUAUUUUUAUUUCAACUAUAUCGUCUUUCUUUUUCUUAAAUACUACCAAGAGCAGUGCCUUUAUAGUUGAAUCAGUGCCUUAUUCAAUCACCUCAAGUACAGAAGUUGAUUUUCUGUCUUGCAAAAUGUGGAGAAACUGUUGGUUAAGCUAAUUGCAAAUUAAUAAGUAAGUAAUUGGUAAGCCAUUGCGACGCAUAAGAACGCCCUAAAGAAUGUAAUUAUUUUCUUUCUUAUAAUACAUACUAGAAUGAAUGUCGACUGUUUACUAAAUCUAUUGUUUAUGCAAAGAUAUAGCUAAAAUAAUCAUAAUAUUCUACUGAUAGUGAAUAAGUAGGUUUAUAUAACACAUAUGUAUUAAAAUAGCAUAAUAUUUUUCUAUGAAUUGUACAAAUUAAUAAAAAUAUUGUAUACAUACUUACUUAAAAUUUUUAAAUGUUAUUUGGGGUAAUAAAUGUGUAUAUUUUUUAUGUAAUUGUUGAUAGAAAUAAAAAAUGAGCUUUCGUUUUAGUUCUUGUUAAACGGCGCCACUGUCGUUUACGGGCGACCUAGUGCAAAGUGGACGGUCAAAAUAGCAUCUCUAUCUAGAGAUAAUCAACUAUAAAAAAUACUUCCUGUCUUUUUUUUUUGGUAAUGAACCUCACAGAUAUUUUGGUUUGCCUUGCUCUCUGAAUGAAUAUUAGCAAAGCAAAUAUAAUUUUAACUUCAUUGUAUUUUUGUAUUGAUAAAUACUUGAUAUUAUGUUUGUGUAUUAAAAUGU